CGGCUGUGGGAUGCAGCAACAGGUCAACCAUUGGGUGAGCCCUUCCAGGGGCACACUGACUCGGUUUUGUCAGUCUCAUUUUCACCGGAUGGUAAUCACAUCGUGUCUGGUUCGGAGGACAAGACUGUCCGAUUGUGGGAUGCAGCAACGGGACAGCCAUUGGGUGAGCCCUUCCAGGGGCACGCUUCUUUGGUUAAAUCAGUCUCGUUCUCACCAGAUGGUACUUGCAUCGCGUCUGGUGCGGAGGACAAUACUGUGCGGCUGCGGGAUGCAGCGGAGCCAUUCCACGAGUUCACCGAACCACCUUCCUCCACACGCACUUUGGACAUGACACCUUGUACACAGGAGAGUCUGUGUCCUGUUAUAUCCGACACUUGGAACAAUCAUUCCAUUUGCUUCUCAUCCACCUUGGGACAUGCGCUGGGCAACCCCGCUGGCCUGCUCGAGGGCACCCCUUACCAAGAUUCCGAUUCAACCCCUUUCUUGUUGGCAGCUGAUGGAUGGAUGGUGGGACCCAAUCGUCGGCUCCUCUUUUGGGUGCCUCCAGCUUCCCGAUACGCAUUUUAUUCUCCUGGAACUGCAAUGGUGAUCCCGAGAGGGCAUGUUGAGCUUGAUUUGAGCCAAAUGGAACAUGGAACACGCUGGUCGAAUUGCCGAGAUGCCCGUACUCCACAAUGAUAUUAUUGCGGCAGUUUAUGUAUGGAGAGGUCAGAUAGAAAUACAUGAAUUAAGUUUGAUUUUUGCUCCCUGUUGAUCCUAAUCGCCGCUCAAGGUUGCUACUGUCCCAGACGAUGUAUCAUAGCCAGACUUAAUUACGC